GCCAACUCUAUUAGGUUAAAGGAAAAUUAAGAUGAUCUCUUCUAACGUUUUCUUUAUUAUCAUUUCUUUAUUCUAGUUGAUCUGUCUUAACUCUCAACCGCCUCAGCUGAUGAUCCAAUCAUGUUAAAACAUAGGAGGAAAAUCGAUGCCACCUUUUGGAAUUUUAUAGUUUCGUCAGAAGUUGCAUAUUUUAUAUGUAAUUUGAAAUCCUGGAAGCAAGAAGUUUCAAAUAUAUAUUUCCUUUUUGGAAGAUAGAUCUUUGAUAAUUGGUUUAUUUUAUAUCCCAUUCCAAUGUUCAGUCGGCAAUAGGUUCACAAAUGCAGCUUUUCUAUAUGUAUGGUUCAGGGAAAUGGGUCCCUUUCAGUUAAGCUUCCUUGGUACAUAGACUAAAGCUGGUAGUUGAAACUUUAGCAUCAAGUUAACUAUUACUUCACUUGCGGUAUAGGUCAUGUUCUCUAUUAUAUGGUGCUUGUCUUCAUAUCUUCCUUGCUGCUUCCUUGCGAUGGAAACUGGGUUCUACAACUUACUUAAAUUAUGGCUUCUGUUUUCAUUUCUUUUUACUUUUCCCUCAGCCAAUUCAAUAGACUUCCAAAUGCCUCGCUUUGACUCAAAUGCAAAUAACAUUCUCUAUCAGGGUGAUGCAAAACCCUCUGUUGGAGCCAUUGAGUUUAACCUUUACAAUUAUCUAUGCCGCGUUGGAUGGGCAACAUAUGCUGAGAAGGUGCCACUUUGGGACUCAAGCACAGGAAGACUCUCUGACUUCAAUACCCACUUCUCCUUUGUUAUUGAUCUCCAAGGACGUUCACGUUAUGGUCAUGGAAUUGCUUUUUUUCUUGCUCCUGUUGGGUCUCAAAUCCCACCAAAUUCAGCUGGUGGCUUUUUGGGGCUAUUUAACACAACAACCAGUGAUUCAUCUCAGAACCAAAUUGUUCUUGUGGAGUUUGACACAUUUGAAAAUCCUGAAUGGGAUCCACCUGGAGUUGGUAGUCAUGUGGGGAUCAACAAUAACUCAAUAUUUUCAGCAAACUAUGUCAGAUGGAAUGCUAGCUUUCAUAGUGGUGAUACUGCAGAUGUAGUCAUUAACUACAAUGCUACUACCAAGAACUUAAGUGUGUCUUGGAGCUAUCAGACAACCAAUAAUCCCCAGGAGAAUUCAAGUCUUUCUUAUCAAAUAGAUCUGAUGAAGGUUUUACCUGAGUGGGUUAUGGUUGGGUUUUCAGCUGCUACAGGUCGGUAUGUAGAGCGGCAUACACUGCAAUCUUGGGAGUUUAAUUCAAAUUUAAUUGUGAAAGAGGAAACAAGGGGCAACACUGCAAGAAAUACCAAAAUAGUUCUAGGAGUCAUAGUUCCUGUCGGUGUUCUGAUAGCUGGGACAGUUUUAGCAUUUAUGAUUUGGUGGCGGCAGAAGCAUGUGAAAAGAAGAACACAAGAGACAACAAACUUGACAUCAAUGAAUGAAGAUCUUGAAAGAGGAGCCGGACCUAGAAGGUUUUCUUAUACUGAUCUUGCCACUGCUACCAAUAACUUCUCAGAACAGGGAAAGUUGGGUGAAGGAGGAUUUGGUGCAGUUUAUAGGGGUUACCUACCUGAUUUGGAAAUGGCGGUUGCUGUUAAAAGGAUUUCAAGCGGGUCCAAGCAAGGGAAAAAGGAGUAUAUAACUGAAGUGAAGGUCAUUAGCCAGUUAAGACACCGGAAUCUGGUGCAACUUAUUGGUUGGUGCCAUGAUAGAAAUGAUUUCCUACUUGUUUAUGAGUUCAUGCCAAAUGGUAGCCUUGAUUCCCAUCUCUUUGGCAGAAGAAGUCCACUUACUUGGCCUAUAAGGUACAAAAUAUCUCUUGGAUUGGCAUCUGCAGUUCUCUACCUUCAUGAAGAUUGGGAGCAGUGUGUGGUGCAUCGAGAUGUUAAAUCAAGCAAUGUAAUGCUUGAUUCUAGUUUCAGCGCCAAACUUGGUGACUUUGGAUUGGCUAAACUCAUGGACCUCGAGCUAGAUCCAAAAACAACAGGGUUGGCAGGAACUUUAGGCUACUUGGCUCCGGAGUACAUAAGCACAGGUAGGGCUAGUAAGGAGUCCGAUGUUUUUAGCUUUGGAGUGGUCAUUUUAGAAAUUGCAACCGGAAGAAAAUCUGUUGAUCCUGGAGGAACAUCUGAUAUGGGAUUGGUAGAGUGGAGUUGGGAUCUUUAUGGGAAAGGAGAGCUACUUUUGGCAGUGGACAAGAAGUUGAACAAGGAGUUUGAUGAAAAACAAGCAGAGUGUUUGAUGAUUGUUGGACUGUGGUGUGCUCACCCUGAUUGUAAUUCAAGGCCUUCAAUCAGGCAAGCAAUUCAAGUUCUUAAUUUUGAUUCAGAGACGCCAAAUCUUCCAGUCAAGAUGCCCGUUCCUAUGUAUCAUGUUCCUUUACCAUCAGUGAACUCUGAGGAACCUUUAAUAACUUAUUCGAGCAUGAAAGUGGGUCGUUAGACGUGAUUUGCCUUCUCUGUAAAGUUCAACUUUCUUAUUUUUGUUCUUUCUAUAAAUUCACUAUUGAAUAUUUGACAUUAAGUUGAUGUAUAAAUAAAACUUAUACAGUUAUUCAGAGGAAUUUAGUUCGAUUAUGGUGUUGCUUAACCAUUUCCUGUACUAUCACAAAGACAGACUAAAAUUUUUGCACUGAAUGUCUGCGGUUAACUUUGGUUUAUAUGUUGAAUUCUUGGCAAGAAGAAAAAGAAGCUGAUUACUAAGUAUUAGCCAAUAGCCGAUUACAGGUUCAUGGUCCGUUGGAACAAAGCAGACUCUGCUGCAGGCUCUCUCGAUUGAGGCAUAUAUUUGCAUACAUGUGCCUGAGUUGAUUCAGAAACAUGGUAAACAGGUUUGGAUCCCAGUGUUAGUUUUAUUCUUUGAAUUAAUCUCUCUUUCCCUGCUCAUCAAGGUAUAUAGUUAUGGUUACAAACUAUCAUCAAGAAUCCAUCCAAACAUUAACUUAUUCAUCAGCAACAAUAAAAUAUUGCCAAGUAGUUGUCUUGUCCCCAUAAAGUUAUGCUUCAAGUUAAUUCUAUAA